UAAGUAUUUCAAAACUACUUCACUGCUGGAUUUACGUGCCGAAAACAUUAAUUUUUGUGAAAUCACUGUUAAAUAUGAAGGUGCUGUUGUUGUCUUUCGUUGUUUUUCAACUGUGUACAGUAUUUGUGGAAUGCUUUAGACAGCCAUCUCAAGUUUCUUGCUCUGAACCCAGCUUUUACGGUGAUGCUUGCGAAUGCUUCGAAAAUCGACCCCAUUUUCAAGAACUUGUGUGCAGAAAUUUAUCAUGUUUCAGAGAAUUUUCCCAUUAUUUAAAAGAAGUCCAAGGAUUCAACGUGAGAAGGCUGAGCAUGGAAAAUAUGGAAAUAAAGUAUAUACCGAGAUUGAUGUUUGAAAGAAACUUCACGUGGCUGGAGGUUUCACACUCAGUCCUCACAGAAGAACUUUUUGAAUUCAUUCCCCAGAAUAAUAAAAUCGAUCAUUUGUUGCUGAAUGAGGUGAGAAUAGCUGAUGGAAAAUGGGAUUGGAAAAUAAUAUCUCCACUGGAAAAGUUAGCGACAUUGCGAAUGAGAAAGAUGUCUGUGGGAAGUCUUCAGAACUUCACUCAUUUUUCGAAAUCUUUAAAACACCUUGUCUUGCAUGGUUGUGACGUAAGGGAACUGCGGGUUGACCAAUUUCGAGAAUUUAAGCAACUAGAGAUGAUCGAUAUCAGGCAUGACAGACUGAAGGAGUUGAAAAGGAGUAUGUUCCCAACUCCUUCUAAACUACGAAUUCUGAUAUUCCGAAACAAUCAUUUGACAUCGCUUCCAGAAAAUUUGUUCGAAGGCAUGAAGGAUCUAAUUGUUAUAGAUUUUCAACAAAAUCACCUGACAGUUCUUUCAGAGAGAAUUCUGAAACCAGUUUUGAAUCCAGUUCUUUCUCUGCAAGGAAAUCCAUUGAAAUGUGACUGCGAAAUGAAAUGGAUUUUGGAAAUCAAAAUGGUUAAAGGAAAGUGUGAUGCACCUCAACAUUUGAAAGGAAAAGAAAUAAAACACUUGGAGGAAGAAAACUUCAACUGCUGAAAUGUAAUUCACUUGUACGGCUAACAUUUUAUGCCAGUUUUAAGGCUGGUCUCUCGUAAGAAUAUACUUUGUAGAAAAUGGUGUAAUUUUCAAUAAAUUAAUUUUUGAUCUUUAAAAAAAA